AUGAGCCCAAUUGAGCCUUUUGCUGCACCAAGCAACACCAACACCGCUAUUUCUUCUUAUUUGCAAGGUGCCCGCUACGCUUGGUCUCAGAUGGAUCUUACCCCUGAUCAGUCAGUAAUGUCAAGCCCAGAAGAGGCCAUUGAGACUGUGGCUCAGCCCAGGUUUGUUCGAGACUUGAUCCCUGGCGGCGAUUUAAUCCUCGCCGUUGGCCCCCACAGAACUCUCCUCAGAGUUGCGUCGGCCUUUCUGUGCGAGAUAUCGCCAGUCUUUGCAGUCAUGUUCGGGCCGAACUUCGAAGAGGGCGAUAGAUUGCGCAGUCGACAGCCUGGAGAUCCUGAAAUGGUUCUCGAGCUCCCUGAUGACGAUCCCCUCGCUUUGGACUACACGAUCCUCGUGCUCUACGGGUCCAACCCUUCGACACAAGACUGUGACCCCGAAGAUAUCCAGAAGAUUUCGAUCCUUGUUGACAAAUACGAUUUGGUAUCGCGAUUUACCUUCGCUUCGGUGUAUUGGUUUGCGAAGUAUGCUUGGGCGGAUGACCCCGAAGAGACAUGGCAACUCACAACUGCCGCCUACUGGAUGCAAAACCCCGAUGCUUUCUUUACUUUUAGCAAGAAACUUGUCAAGCAGCUUCAACCUUCUCACUUGGGUUACGUCACGGGCAUGCCCGACAAGGAGCUUGGGCUUCGACUUUGCUUGGCGAUCGAAGAACAACGUGUCCACAAACUCACGAACGAAGUUAAAGCAAAGGGUCUCUGUUUGUACUGUUUCCGCCGCGCCAAGCUUGGGUUCACUUCGCGUGUCAAGGGGUCCCGACCGAGAUCCUCUACGAAAGGACCUCUCGAUCUUGAUGAUGAUCCGUUAUUGUCGCCUCAACAAGCGACGACCCCUCAGCGAGUACUUACGCAUCGCAAUAGGAUAUCAUCGCCACAUCCGCGCUCAUCUACAGCGACUCCAGUCUCGCAACUGGGAGAGGCUAGACCCAAAGACUUUUCAUUUCUUCUAAGGCCAGAGAUCUAUCACCCUUUGACGCCUCUCAACGUUCCUGUCGCCUUUCGUAAUCCACAGAAGCAGCCCGAUCCCGAGGCUCCCAUUGAGGAGCUCCUUGCUAGCGGUCACUUCAGAGCAGCGGCUAUAGCUGCUGUUCAAGAACUCACAGGCUCUGGAGCUAGUGGGGGAAUAAAUCCUACGGAUUCCAAGAGGAUUUUUGAGCUUCUCUACACCCGACUGGCAUGUCUUACCCUGAUUGAUGCGACUCCCUUGGCUGCUCAGGAGGUCAAAGCCUUGGAAGAUCUCAACGACAUCAGGAGGUACGUAGACGAAACCACUGGAGAGCACCUAGUACCUUGGGAGCUAAGGGUUCUCAAUGUACGCCUUCAGUCGCUUGGCUUCGGCGAUUAUCGCCGAGCCGUCAUGAGUUACCACGACCUGGCUCGCGAAGCUCGCGAUCGUAUCAGCAAGGCAGCAGCCCAGCACGACAACUCCGCAAGGGAGCUUUGGAAAGCUCGUCUUUACGAUCUUGGUAUCCAGGUUGCUGGAGCUCUGAUUGAGCUCGAAGACCUGACAGGCGCAGCGCAUCACCUCAGCACCCUACGGGAUCGAGGUGAUGGCAAGAUGGCACUUACCAAAGCACUGCUGUGGCUGCAAUUGGGCGACGUAGAAAGCGCAAGGUCCUGCGCACGUCAAGCCAUGGAAAACGACGAAAACGUCGAGAAGCUAAUCCUGGCACUCUGUGACAUGGCUGAUGCAGAGUACGAGACAGCCCUGGAAGCGUGGAAGGAACUGAAAGAAAGUCUGGACGACGAGAUGGUCGGCGUUAACACAGCCGUGUGUUUGUUGUAUCUUGGGAGGAUACAAGAGGGACGCGCAGUAUUGGAGGGCCUUGUGGAGUCUGGUUUAUCGUCUCCUACGCUGUUGUUUAACCUAUCGACUAUGUACGAGCUGUGUACCGAGAGGCAUAAGAACCUGAAGCUGAAGCUUACAGAGAGGGUCGCUGGCCUGGGGGCUUCGACUACAGGCUGGGAAAAGACAAACGGCGAUUUCAAGCUAUAG